AUGUAUUAUUUUUUUAUUACUUAUGUUGGGUUUUCCUCUUUCUUUUACUUUCACAUCAACAAAUCCUUGUUUGUAUCCUUUCUUUCUUUACUUUCUUCCUUCCUUUUUCCUAUACACCUCUGUGAUCUUUCUUUUUCCUAUAUAGUUCUGUGUUCUUCCUUUUCCCCUAUCCACUUCUGUGUUCUUCCUUUUCCCCUAUCCACUUCUGUGUUCUUCCUUUUCCCCUAUACACUUCUGUGGUCUUUCUUUUCCCCUAUACACUUCUGUGGUCUUUCUUUUCCCCUAUACACUUCUGUGUUCUUCCUUUUCCCCUAUACACUUCUGUGGUCUUUCUUUUCCCCUAUACACUUCUGUGGUCUUUUCUUUUUCCCUAUACACUUCUGUGGUCUUUCUUUUCCCUAUACACUUCUGUGGUCUUUCUUUUCCCCUAUACACUUCUGUGUUCUUCCUUUUCCCCUAUACACUUCUGUGGUCUUUCUUUUCCCCUAUACACUUCUGUGGUCUUUCUUUUCCCCUAUACACUUCUGUGGUCUUUCUUUUCCCCUAUACACUUCUGUGGUCUUUCUUUUCUCUUAUAUCUCUGCAUUCUUUCUUUUCACUAUAUACUUUUACGUUCCUUUUUUUCUUUCUUUUCCCUAUACACCUCUGAGUUCUUCCUUUUCACUAUACACCUGCAUUCUUUCUUUUCUCUAUACACUUUUACAUUCCUUCUUUCUUUUCCCUAUAUAUUUCUUUUCAUAUGCACCUCUGUGUUCUUCCUUUCUAUCCUUUUUUUCUCUAUGCACCCUUGCUUUAUUUCUUUCUUAUUUUUCCUUCCUUCCUUCCUUUCUUUCCCUAUGCACCCCUGCCCAUCAUAUCCCCUCCAAAUAA